AAAAGAUACAAACAAUACGAACAAAUUUCCUCAACGUUUAUAAAUUACCAUGACAACAAGCAAAUAUUUCUGCGGUGUCAAUAUCGUAAAUCAACUUCCGGUGUCAGAGGCAGAGCACUUGUUUCGAUUUGUUUGACAGCAGAAAGAACACAGACAAAGUACAGAAUUGAAGGACAUCAAAGAUGGUGAAGCUUCACAUUAAGAAAGGCGAUGAAAGUCAGUUUCUAUAUGAAACCACAGUGGAACUACCUAUUGAUGAACUGGUGAAAGAUGUUUGUGCCAUCCACAAUGGGCGACUCAAAGUACAGAGAAUUUGUGCAGAGAUGGAAGAGUUGGCAGAGCAUGGAAUCACACUUCCGCCCAACAUGCAGGGCCUCACCGAGGAGCAGGUGGAGGAGCUGAAGCUGAAGGACGAGUGGGCGGAUAAAUGUGUUCCUCAGGGUGGAGUCAGGGAGAACAAGGAUCCCAUUGGUCGAAGAAACGGUCAAGCACCCACUGAAAAAAUGGCUGAAAUGAUGAAGAAAACGACAAAGGAAGCAAAAGAUAUGAUUUCAAAGAAAAAAGCAGAAGCCAAUGUAUGUGUUACCCAGGCUACAGUGAAAGAAGCUCUGGAUAUUCUGCGUGGGGCGGUGAUGAUUGUGUACCCCAUGAACUUACCCCCACACGAGAACGUCAGACUAGAACUUGAAAACCAGGAGGACUUGACUGGUACCCAAGCAUCCACAGAAGUCUUAGAGGAAGACAAUACCUCCAUCUGGUUUUCUGGAAAAGAAAUGUUGAGAGGGAAACAGCUCAAAGAUUUUAUCGGCAAAAAUGAGAAGACAAAGAUUGUGGCCAAAAUUCAAAAGAGAGGACUAGGGGCCCCAGGAAGGGAGCCUGUGGUUACAGAGGAUGAACAGAAGAAGAUGAUGGCCUACUACUACAAGAAACAAGAGGAGUUCAAGAAACUAGAGGCCGAGUCAGAAGACGCUUACCUAGAUUCACCCUGGUCCGACUCCAAUCAGCUAAAGCGUCAAUUUCAUGGAAUGAACAACAUUAAGUGGGGACCGCGGUAACACACAGCCAGCCAUAACGACAACCUAAUUUAUGAAUUUUUAGUGAUAUUAACAAAGUUGUUGCAUUUUAUAUUGGAAGAAAGAGAGAGACAUUCAGCCGUCCAAAUAUUGUUAGUUCACAAAGUUGAUGCAAAAACAUUCCCUUUCUUCCAUAAAUGUGCACUCGGGAGUUUUAAGACAAAUACAUGUACUGAAUGAAGAACAUCUGUUUUGGUAUUGAAAAUACCUGGAUUUGAUUCAGUGUGUCGAAUGUUACUGAAGCUGCUUAUUGAACAAGUAAUAUUGUAAUAAUGCAUCAUUACUCUUGGUUUAUGUACAUUUUACUGUAUGGUUUGAAAAUUGGUCAUAAUUUUACAUAUAUCAUUUUUUGAAUUGCAUUUGAACAUGAAUCAUUUAUGAAUAUACAAUAAAUUGUAUUUUAAAUUUUAGCAAAUA